AAACUUGAGAAUCUCAACCCAAAUUCAUAUCAUACAUAUCCUACCUAUGCACAAGUUCAAUUCAAUGUCAUGAAUGAAUUGAUUAUAAUUUUCCAAUCUUCUCUUAUUGUCUAGAACUACCCCUGGUCUUUUUCACAAUCGGUUCGGAUCGCAUCUACCCAGGAAGCUCUUUCUUAGCAACGUGUUCCUUGAGACUAUCAACUAUCGUAGAUCUAUCCAAGAAUUCUAAGCUUGGGUAUUGUAUUGACUUGACACCUUCCAUCCAUACUCGACCUACCCCUCGAACAGGACAACAUCAAGCUUUCCAAGGGCGACUACCAAUUUUCUUGCGCCACUGCACCACAUUUUAAAUCUCGGAACCGCUGCCCCAGAGAAUUAAAACAAUAGCAAAUAUGGCGGCACCACAAGAUGGAUAUCCAGGCCAAGCUUAUCCCCCUCAAGAUCCAUACGCACAGCAAAGUCCCGCGCAGCCAGGCUAUGAACAACCAGUGACUUCUCCCACACAACAAGCCGGUCCACCAGGAGCAGAUGCCGGAAAGAAGAAGAAGAGGGGUUAUGCGACACAAGCUUAUGAUUUUGGUCAAGGUGCGAAUUCCGCCUUGGGAGGACAAACACAUGGUGGUGCUCAAUUUCAACCCGCACAAGCACCUGCUGCAUAUGGUGGAUAUCAAGCUCAACCAGAUCCCGCUGCUGCAUAUGGAGCUCCACAAGCUGGCAUGGCCGGCGCUCCUCAAGGUGGUUUCUCUCAACCGCAAUACGGCGGCGGUGUGGGGGGCUAUCAACCUCCUGAUGCUGGAUAUCCUGGUCCAGGCACACCGGUUACUCCUGGUGUAGCGGGCAUUACUCAAGGAAUGGGGCAGAUGGGAAUGGGUGGACCGCAACAGCCUGUUGCGGCUCAAGCUCGUCCUGGUGGUGUUCCAGCCCAGGUUGCGUUGAAUCAGCUUUAUCCUACAGAUCUCACCAACCAACCUUUCAAUGUCGCAGAGUUGGACUUACCUCCUCCUCCGAUCAUUUUGCCUGCAAACUCAAGUGUUACCCCUUCCCCAAAUGCGAAUUGUCCACCAAAAUAUGUGAGAUCCACUUUGAAUGCGGUUCCUACGACCAAUUCUCUCCUCAAGAAAUCGAAACUUCCUUUCGCAUUAGUUAUACAGCCAUAUACUUCGUUGCACGAUGUCGACGAUCCAGUACCAGUUGUUCAAGAUCAAGUCAUUUCACGUUGUAGAAGAUGUCGUUCAUACAUCAACCCAUAUGUUUCAUUCCUCGACCAUGGCCACAGAUGGAGGUGUAAUAUGUGUAACCUCACAAACGACGUUCCACAAGCUUUCGACUGGGAUGCAGCUGCACAACAAAGUGUUGACCGAUGGCAACGACCGGAGCUUAACCACGCAGUUGUGGAAUUUGUCGCACCACAGGAAUAUAUGGUUAGACCUCCACAACCACUGGUCUAUCUCUUCUUGUUCGACGUCAGUUUUGCUUCUGUAUCUUGUGGCUUGUUGGCUACUAGUGCCAGGACUAUUCUCGACAGUCUUAACAGGAUACCAAAUGCGGAUCGAAGAACACGAGUUGGAUUUAUGGCUGUAGACUCCAGUUUACAUUACUUCCAAGUUCCAAAAGAUACGGAAGAGAAUGGCGAGACAAAUAUGCUUGUUGUUAGUGAUCUGGAGGAGCCUUUCCUUCCAGUUCCUCAAGAGCUAUUGGUACCAUUGUCUGAAUGCAGAUUGAAUGUAGAGAAAUUCCUCAUGACCCUUCCUCAAAUGUUCCAGACCAAUACAAACAAUGGAUCAUGUAUGGGUUCAGCUCUCCGUGCUGGUCACAAACUUAUCUCUCCUCUUGGUGGAAAGAUUGUUGUAAUCACUGCUUCAUUACCUAAUGUUGGAUUUGGCAAAUUAGAGAUGCGCGAGGAUAAAAAGCUACUGGGUACAUCAAAGGAGAGUGGUCUAUUACAAACAGCCAACAGUUUCUACAAGAGUUUUGCGGUUGAAUGUUCAAAGAACCAAGUUUCCAUCGAUAUGUUCUUGUUCUCAUCACAAUAUCAGGAUGUUGCUUCUCUUAGCAACCUUCCAAGAUACACUGGUGGACAAACCUAUUUCUACCCUGGAUGGAAUGCUGGAAGAAGCGAAGACGCUAUUAAAUUCGCUACCGAGUUCAGUGAUUACCUAUCUGCUGAAAUUGGUCUUGAGGCAGUGUUACGUGUUCGUGCUACUACUGGUCUCCGAAUGAGCACCUUCUAUGGUAAUUUCUUCAACCGAAGUUCGGACCUAUGCGCCUUCCCAGCCUUCCCUCGCGAUCAAAGCUAUGUUGUUGAAGUUGCUAUCGAUGAGUCUCUCACCAAGAACUUUGUUUGCAUGCAAACGGCCGUCUUGCACACUACAAGUAACGGAGAGCGUCGUAUUAGAGUCAUGACUUUGUCAUUACCUACAACGACUAAUCUUCAAGAUGUUUAUGCAUCUGCUGAUCAAUGCGCAAUCACUACUUACUUCAGUCAUAAGGCUGUUGAGCGUGCAUUGAGUGGUGGUCUUGAGCCUGCACGUGAAGCUCUCCAAUCGAAAUUGAUUGAGCUUCUUCAAACAUUCAAGAAAGAACUUGCAGGUGGAAACAUGGGUGGUGGUGGACUUCAAUUCCCUGCCAACCUUCGUGGAUUACCAGUUCUUUUCCUUGGUCUCAUCAAGAAUGUUGGACUUCGAAAAUCGGCCCAAAUUCCUUCGGAUUUGAGAUCUGCGGCUCUUUGCCAAUUAUCCACACUUCCUCUUCCACUCUUGAUGCAAUACAUCUAUCCACGUCUGUACUCAUUACACGAUAUGCCCGAUAACGCCGGUAUCCCCGACCCGGAAACAAAUCAAAUCGUUCUUCCUCCACCAAUGAACCUUUCAUCGGAACGUCUCGUCCCAUUCGGUCUCUAUCUUAUUGAUGACGGUCAAACACAAUUCCUUUGGGUCGGCCGCGACGCCGUUCCUCAAUUGUUAGCCGAUGUAUUUGAUAUUUCGGAUCGCUCGAAACUCAAGGUUGGGAAAGCGACGCUACCGGAAUUGGAUAACGAUUUUAGUGAGAGAGUUAGAAAUGUGUUCCAGAAAGCGAGAGAUUAUAGGAGUAGAGGCGUCGGCAGUAUUGUCGUGCCGCAUUUGUACGUGGUCAGAGAAGAUGGCGAACCGUCGUUGAAAUUGUGGGCGCAGACGCUGUUGGUCGAGGAUAGGGCGGAUCAGGGAAUGAGCUUUCAGCAGUGGAUGGGGAUGAUGAGGGAGAAGGUUAGUUCUUAGGUUGUGAGUUUGUGGGAGGGUGGGGAUAAGGUGUGGAAAUGGAAUUCAGGACGGGGUGGUUGGGUGUAUGGAUGAAUGAAUGGAUGGGGUGGAUGCAUGGAUGCAUGGAUGCAUGGAUGCAUGAAUGAAAAGAGAAUGGUGCGAGAAAAAUGAUGAUGAAGGAGUGAGAAUGAAUUGAAUUGAAUUGAAUGUAAGAGGAAUCAGAUGAUGUGAUGUAUACAUGAAUGGAGUGAACGUCUUAAUUUUGAACGUGGAGAUUUUCUUUCUUUCUUCUCUUCUUCUCUUUCUUUUCUUCUGCCUAUCUACCUACCUACCUACCUACCUACCUACCUACCUACCUACCUACCUACCUACCUACCUACCUAUCUACCUACCUACCUACCUACCUACCUUCCUA